AGAAUUUGGACCAGUAGAAGUACCAUGGCGGAGGAAGCCGAUGCAGCAGAGCAAGAAGAAGGGGGAAUCCCCUUAUCUCAGGCCUCCCUCCAGCAGCUAAAUGCAGUGAAGCAGCAGCUGGAGCAAGAGGUCCGGAGUUUGUUGAACAACCAAGCGGCUCUCAGAGAGGCUGAGGCACGUUUUCAGGCCUCCAUGGAGAGCCUGAAGUCCUUAUGCCCAGAGAAUAACGGGAAACCAAUGCUGAUACCGCUGACAUCUUCCUUGUACAUUGACGGCCACAUGACUGAAACGAAGAAAGUUACAGUCGAUGUGGGCACUGGAUACUACAUCCAAAUGUCAGUGGAGAGGGCGCACAAGUUUUGCAGCAGGAGAUGCAAGCUUUUGAACGACAAUGCCUCCAAAGUUGAAGGGGUUCUCAAGGAGAAGAAAAAGAGCUUGGAGCAGCUGCAAAUUACAAUGCAGCAAAAGAUGUACAUGCUCCAGCAGCAGGAAGCUGCUAAAAAAGAAGAGCAAUAAACGAC